AUGUCCACGCAAGACAUUCCCGGCCGCCCGGGCGAGGACAAGCCACCAGGCUUGUCCAAAUAUCUGAAGCGCAUGAAGACUGUCUUGCGGUCGCGCUCCGGUAACAAGCGUCAUUCUGUGGCGGGCACAACCCCGGUCCUCGAGGGCCCAUCAGAUACACCUGCCGCUGCCGCCAACCCAGCCCGCAAAUCCACCGGUGCUGAUCCAGACAUGCUCACCGAUUACAGCGCUAUUCAACAGGAAAAGGCGCGGGUGCUCUUCGCCAAAUAUGGUCUGACUCUCGAGCCCGGCGAGUGGAAAUCGCCGACUGAUCUUCAGCUCACUCGAGUCACCAAACCAAUUCGCAUGCGUGUGCGCCGCACUUGCCACCGUUGCGAUACCACCUUCGGUCCCGACAAGGUCUGCGUCAAUUGCCAGCAUCCGCGCUGCAAGAAAUGUCCACGCUUCCCGCCCGCGCACGAGAAGGAUGAGGAACAUCCAAAAGUGCCCCGGGCCCGGAUCCCCGAAAUCCGCGCUCGCCAGCCCGGUUCCCUGCCAAUGACACCCCAUCUGAAACUCACUGGCAAUCCGGCCGCGCCAUUGGCGAUGCCAUCCCGCACCGGUGGCCAAGAUUUCGUCCUCAAGACUGUUCGCCAGCGGACUCGCCGUACCUGCCACUCUUGCGAUACCGUUUUCGCUCCCGGAUCGAAAGAGUGCCAGUCUUGCAAGCAUGUGCGCUGCAAGAGAUGUCCACGCGAUCCUCCUAAACCAGACAAAUAUCCGGAUGGAUUCCCAGGAGACGAGGAACCGCCCAAGCUCAUGCUCAAACCCGAACGAACAUGGAAGCAGCCACGGCGCCGAGUUCACUACAUAUGUCACAUAUGUAAUACCUCGCUCAAUGAAGGGGCGAAUUCGUGUGCCAAAUGUGGGCAAGCGAAAUGUGCAGAAACCAUACGAAUUCCACCGAAGAAAGUCAAACGAGAACCAGACCCGGAAGUCGUCCGACGGGUUGAAGAGAAAAUAGCGUCGCUCAAAAUUCAGGACUGA